UCAGAAAUUGUCCAGGGACUGUAUUCUUCAUUUUGUUGUUUUGAUUAUAUAUAUCUGCAACCCAAUUACAGAUCUGUUAGACAUGGAAAGUGCAUUCAACUGUUCAAUUGAAAGUGUCUGAAAUAAAAAUGAGAUUUUCUUAUAUAUUUUAUGCGUAUAGAUUUAUACCAGAUGAAGAAACAUUUGAAGAGAAUGAUGUGAGCAGUGCUUGUAUGGAGAUUCCAUCCAAUUAUAAACCCCAGUUCUUCUUCAAUGCAGCACUUUCACAGUCUAAGGUAGAUUUAACAUGGGACAAGACAGAUCGUGAACGUGUGCAAUUAACAUCUCAGCAGUUUACCAAUAAUGCUAAAGAGGUUGAGGAAGAAGAUCUCAAGGCUUAUUUGGCUUCAAGCUCAGAUGGAUCCAUUCUUGAUGGAGAGUAUUAGGUUAUUAUACAUUGUUGAGUACAAUACUGAAAUGUGGAUGUGUACACUAUUGGAACAUCACAUGUUGCAAAUGCUUUAAGUGCAUUGGUUAUAUUUUGUAGGGUGUGAAUAAAGUUGAUGUCAUGUUUGAAUCAUAAUUGUAAUAAAAAAUUUCAAACAAUUUUAUCACUGAAAUGAACCAUUGUAAAUACAGCAGCCUUUAUUUUACACUUAAUUGCUAUGAAAAGGAAUUGUUCAAAAUUAUGAAUGUUAAAACAAUUGGCCAUCCCUCACAUAUUUUUUAUAAAGUUUUAUUUUUUUACCAGAGGCAUGUCACUUUAAAGACACUAGAAACAAAACUUUAUGAGUAUAUGUAAAACAAGCCUUAAAUGAUUCAGAUAGUAUUAAAGAUAAAAGUCUAAAUAUGGUUGUCAGAGAUAAUUGAUUUUCUUUGAUA